AUGGGUUGCUGUAUUAGCUCCACCAAAAGAGGGUCAAGUAACGCAAAACCACCAAGCCGCCACCAACAUUCACCACCACAACCCCACGAACCCCAUGUCACCACCACAAGAACCCCACCACCACUCGAAAAAGAAACAGUCAAAGAAGUGCUCUCAGAAACCCCCGUUAUCGUCAAACCACAGAAAACUAGUACUCCAGUAACAGCGACAACAACACAAAACCAAGAACCGAAAACCCUAACACAAAAAAACAACAAGAAACAUCAAGAAGUCCAAGAAAUCUCUCAAGCAUCAGAGAUAUGCAGCAAUAUCACUGACACUGCCUCAACAGCAACCACCACCACUGCCACCACCACUACUACAAUAACAGAGAUAAGGGGAGAUGAGGUAACAAGCAAGAAAAGGGUCAACAAAUCUCCUGCCAAAGUACCCAGAAAGCGUCCGUACAUCGGAGACAGAGAAUGGGUGUCACAAUCUCCGGCGCAGAAGACCGGUCAGGUGAUCAGGACUGCAGCUGGCCAGCGUCAUGGGGGGUCCACUGGUGUCAGGAGGGAUUUUGGAAGGUCACCGGCGACUAGGACGGCGGGUGGAGUUGGGAGGGGUCGUAUGGGAGCGAGUCCCGGAAAGGUGACUGGAAAAGCCGGCGGCAGGUCAGGGGAGAGGAAGAAUAAGGAGGAGUCGGUAAACGGUCCCGUUUUAAGGCAGCAACAGCGACGGGAGGGGAAUGAGUCUCUCGAGAACCCUCUUCGCCACAAGCCCACAAACAGGACGGUUAGGCCAUAUAUGCAUGAGAAUAUGAUGAACGUUCCCGAGGCCAAUCAAUGUUACACGAUGGCUUAG